AUGCGAGUUGCCAGCCCAAUAGAGUCGGGUCUUGUUUUGAUUUUUUUUGUAAAAUUCACGCGCAGUGACCUCUUGACGGAUAAAUCUCGUGUCCGAGGUAAUUGCACCAACUCACAAGUCGAAUCGUGCCUUCCAGGAAGAUGUAAAGUGGCUCCAAGAGAGUCCCCAGAGUUGUACACUUGUAUUUGUCCCCGCACCACCUACUUAACGCGAAGAUUCAACCCCCAAAAAGAAAGUCUUUUCCAAGUAGGCUGUGCUUCGUUACCCUACGAUCCGUGCAUGGUGUGUCAUGAGAGGAACACUGUAAGGUGUACCCAGGUAUCACCAACCGAGGCAUUGUGCCAAUGCUAUUCCGAGUACAGUACGGCCACCAAUUGCCACAAACAAAAGAAUCCCUGUUUAGAAGUUCCAUUAGGAGCCAGCCUCUCCGGCGCUGCAGCCUGCAAAACCGAUGAAGGUAAUUUGUGCAUCCCCGAGCUGGGUACAGAAAGGUAUACUUGUGUGUGUCUUCAUCCCUUUCAAUCAUCAAAAACCCAAACAUUCCCCAAUUGUCUUGGUGAACCUGAAAAGCUCUGUGAUCGUCAGCUUUGCGUGGGAUUUCGGCCAUUCAGACCCAAAGGUAUGACAAUCACCCCGCAACGAGUGAUCGUUACAAAAGAUCUUGAUUCGACUGAAAAUGAGCAUGCAAUUUGUGCUGGGAACGGAUCCUGUCGAUGUCCCAGCAAUUGGUAUGGUGAGCAUUGCACGCGUCGGAAGGGAAAACCUCGGGAAAACUCAUGGACCACGUGGUCUCCGUGUCACCCGGAUUGCUUGGAUACAAGCAUUCUUUCAGCGGUAAUGGGAGUCUCCGGUGUGGGAUACAAAAUUUCAAAGGCUAUCUGCACUAUUCAGGAGCCUCGUUUUUGCGAAGGAAAAUUUAGAACGUGGAUCCGGUGCAAGGUGACUUCACUAUGUAUCAAAGAGAACCAAAGAUUUCUCACCUUUCCACCCGACGUUGCACUGGCAGCCACUAAGGCACUCAAACCGUCUUCAAACAAGCACGCGUCGGCACAAACCGGUGUCCCUGCUUCAUUAUUUUGGAAUGAAAAACAAUGCUUAUUCACUGUGUUCAUCUCUGUCACCGUAUUGGGAUCUGUUCUAAGUGUAAUUUUUAUGGAAAUUAUAACCGCAAUCCGAAUGCCCAAAGAGGAAAUUCGAAGAAAAUCAAUUUCAAAUGUUGACCACCAAUGA